GAUAAGUGAUAACCUUAUCAUCAAAAGAGAAACCAACAAUGGCGUCACUACUACUUGGAGCAGCUCCAAUCUCAGCUCAAUCCCUUAACCUUUCAUCAGUUUCUCGUAUCUCUUCAUCUCAUUCCCAAACCCUUGGAACUUCAUUAUCAGUUUCAAAUUCAUCCUUUUCACUCUCAGCAGCUUCUUCUCCUUCAAUCCCCUAUGUGUACUGUGGCAGAGGGGAUAAGAAAACAGAGAGGGGGAAGCGGUUCAAUCACUCUUUUGGCAAUGCAAGGCCUAGGGACAAGAAGAAGGGGAGAGGGCCACCAAGGGUGCCAGUUCCACCAGCACCACCGAGAAAAGAUAAGUUUGAUGAUGAUGAGAAGAUAAAAAUUGAAAUUGAUGAAUCCCUUUUUACUAGUUAAUGCUUAAUUUCUUUAAUUUUUCUAUUGUAAUGUCUUAAAUUGAGAAAACUUGUUGUGUAUGCUGUAAUUUGCUGUUGUUAACAUUACUCUUUUAAUUUGAGUUAUUCUUCUCUGCUA